CAUGUGUUGAGAGAGGAGUGGCUGUUUUUAUAAGGUUGCUUACGUCUUGAUGCCUGACGAUGGGGGGGGAGGGGGCCCUUUUAUUGAUUUUACUGGUAUUGUUUUAGUGGUAGUAGUAUUUCAUAUACAUACAAGUAUUUUUUAGGGGAGUGUAUGUGAAGAGGCGGGUACGUGUAAGAUGCAUGACGGUAUGGAUAACGAGGAUACGAGUAGAGUACAUGUACAUACAUGAGGCCAAGUCAAGGGGGGCGUGAAUGGAUGACAGUGAUAACGGGAAAGAUGGAGAUGGAAGGAUCGCGAAAGGAUUUAUGGAGUAGAUGGACAGAUUAGAAGCUAGGUAACUAAGCGAUGAAGAUUUUUUGGGGUACUACGGAGAUGCUGCGACUGGACCAUUUUGCCUGGUGGAGGGACGAAUCUGUGUGUCUCAGUGCUUCCCGUGCUCCGUGCUCUGUCGACCUGGGUAGGGAUGGAGAACAGCGAAAAAGCACCUUAUAUGAGCUUUGUGGAGAGAGGAAUGGGCCCAUGUCUGUGGAGACGAGAUUCUUGAUUGAGAGGGUCGUGCAUCGUGAACAUGGAUCUUGGUGCGGUGGUGCAGUAGUAUGUACAUUUCAAGUUAUUGCGUCGCAUUUGGCCACCGGCCGUUGUACGGGGGACAACUGGACCCUUUUCCUUCAGUUGUUUUCUUUUGCGUGCUUGCUUUUUUUCAAGAUGCAUAACUGGGUGCUGACGCAUAUGCCAACUGCAGGCUCAAUUGCGCCAACGAGAGGCAAAUACGCAUCAUGGAAGACUGAAAGAGAAGGAGAAAUACCGCUCAGUUACUCCGCGGCGCUGCGUGAAUGCGUAAUAGUGCUGUUGAGUUUGACAACAUCGCCGAUGCUGUUUUCUCCGCUGGAGCGGAAGUGUCUCAAGCUAGAUUCUCUGGUAGAAGCUAUGCUCAGCUUGGCCAAGGGGGGGUUCGUUAGUAUUUUGAGCGGGACUCUUGAUGCCGCCAAUUGGCUUGCAAGUGCCGUUGGGCUCUAGACUAUUGUUAUG